CUCUGUUUUAACUGAAGUGUCCGAGGAGGAAGAGGAGGAGGAGGACGUAGUUUGUUUAUUUCGUGUUCGAUGCGGUUUUAUUAGGCGACUUGCCAACGAACAGGCGGUUGAUAUAAAAGAAGUAAAAAAAAUUACAGGAUGGAUUCUCGCUUUGCGCAUCUUUACAAGCGAGACAGCAGUGUCUCCAUGAUAAGGGUGAAAAUGUCCAGGCGACGUUCCCAGUCCCAGAAAGAGAACAGGGAAAAGAUGCAAAACCUCCGCAGACACCUGGACCAACUUCCAGAGCUGGAGCGCUCUUUGGAUGUCUCCUGCCUUGAGAAGUCGGUUCUUCCUUCCCAAGAGAUGGGGCACAAGGCUAAAGCAGAUAAAAAUAACAGUGCUGUAGAAGAGAGGAGAAAGAUGCUGGCACGUUUUAAAGAGAACAAAGCGCUGCAGAAGGAGAAAGAAAGGCGAGAAAAGGAAAAGAAAGGUACCUUCAAGGUCGGUCUCUACCGCCCACAGCCCUUGGGCUAUUUGCCCUUGAAUCCUGUUGUACUGAGUGCAAAAAAGACUGCAGAAUCUAUACAAUCCACCAGAGUGACCCGUUCUAUGAAACAGUAUCUACAGCCAAAGCAACCAGCUGUUACACAGCCUGCACUAAAGAAGGCUGAUCCACCCAUCACCAGAGCUAGCAAGUCUUCAGCACCAGCAAUUGCCAAAGGCAGAACUGCAUCAGUUGAACCAGUUGUCAGAGCGCCAACUACUCGAUCAGCUGCUAAAACUGUCACAGCAGCUGUAACCGCCAAAUCUGUAACUAAACCUGCUGCAGACCUCAAACCUCCCAAAACAAAAGCUGCUAGUAGGCAGCCUGCAGCACCCUCAUCAGCUAGAGGGAAAGCUAUGCAAGGACAUUCUAACCCUGUGGCAGCUGAAAAGAAGGAAACCAAGGUUGCUGAUGAGGUGGUUGCUACCGUAAAUCCAUCCCCUCCUCAAGAGGAAAAGGUGGUGGAGGACACGAAUGUGACUCCAGUUUCAUUUGCUCCCCAAGGAUUUGUGUUCCAGGCCCCUUCUGGUCUGAAAACAUUCCAGCCUACACCCCUUUCUCCUCGCUCUGCUGAUGCCUUCCUCUCACCUAGCUUCUCAGCUGAACCAUGGAUGGAGCCUACAAACCCAGUUUCUUUACCAUCUGACUCUUCAUCUGCUCUUCCUCUUCCCUCACCUCCAACCUGUAUGUCUGAACCUUGUCUUGAAUCUGUUUCUACAUCUGCUCCUUCUCAGGAUUUUUCUCUCGCUUCUUCUACCCCACCCACUGUCUCUCCUUCCUCUCUUUCUCACCCUCCUCCUGCCUCUCCAUCCUCAGCUCCUGCUUCUACUCUUCUUCCACCUUCUUCACCACCUGCUACUGCAUCUCCUUCCUCUGCAACAUCAGAACCUCAGCAUGACGUGCCCUAUUUCAGAUCAGUGAUGGCUAGUGAGACAGAAAGAUUGACUGGGUUGUCUGAAUUUUGGGAAUUGCGGUUUGAUGAUUCCUCCAUCCCGGAAGAGAUGCGAGACCGAAUGCGCACAGCUGUUGGCCAAGCCAGGCUGCUGAUGAAGGAGCGCUUUGGCCAGUUCAGUGGUCUGGUGGAUGACUGUGAUUUUGGCCGAGGAGAGAAGAUCACAACCUGCACAGACUUGCAGGGGUUCUGGGACAUGGUGUACUUUCAGGUGGAAGAUGUUGAUAAGAAGUUUAACACAUUGAAAAUGGCUGAAGCCAGGGGAUGGCAAGAGGAGAUCAAGCCUGUCACCAGGCAGAAGAAAGUGGUCAAGCAAAAGCCCCCUGCUGCAGGAGGUAAGCCUGGAGCAGGUGCUGGAGCCAGCGCUGCUGCAAAGAGUCGACUGGCUGCAGUGAAAGCUGCCAUGAAGGCCAAGCAGGCUGCGGCUAAAGCUGCUGAGGCUUCAGAUAAAGCUCAAGAUGAAACUACUCCUGCUUCAAAUGCCCCAGCUAACACCUUGCCAGCCCAGACAGUGGUUUUUCAUGGAGGCUUCUUUCAGGUGGAGAGUCCUGUCAAAGUAGUUGGUGCUGUAAGAUCAUCUCGGUUGAGUGCAGCUCCCUUUCCCCAGUGUUCCCCACAUAGAUCUAAAUUCAGCACACCAGGAAGACAGAAGAGAUCCACUGUAGUCAUGCAUCCAUCUCCUCUUCCUUGCAUUCGCACACCUUCUAAAAGUGCUCCUACUGCAUCCCCUCCUAACUCUCCCGCUGCAGUUGCUCGCACUGCUGUAACUCCUGUCUGUACUCCUAAACGGCACGCUCAUCCCCUUCCCUCCUCCCCCAAACCCCUUCAUGUCAGCCCUGAGCAGGACCACUCUGCCCCCUAUGCCUCACCUAAUGGAGUCUCUCACACACAACUCAGCCAGCCUGAUCAUAACACAAGUCUCAACAACAUCCAGUCAGACCUCAUGAUCACUCCAGUAGAUGAUCAAAUGAACCACUCGGCAGAGAUCAAGCCACACAGUUCUCCUUGCCAGACAGAGGAAGAACUGCCACUUCACCUUCCUGCACAUUCAGUCAACAGUACCGAGCCUGAGGGAAGUGUUCAACAGUCUUCCAUGACCGAACUGUCCCAGGAGCAAACCGAAGAGACUGUGAUUGCUGAAGUGGAGAUGUCCCACUCAGACGAUCAAGCUCAUGCUAUGAGUUUCACCCACUCACCUUCAGCAUACAAGACCACUCUGCAAGCAGAGAUUGUGGAGAGCUGUGUCUCUGUUCCUUCCUCCCCGUCUGUGAUGUCCACCACACCACAGCAAGUCCAAGACUUUCCAGCACCAUCAGAUAAAUCUGACAUGUGUGUUAAUGAAAGAUCUCCUAUCAGUGCUGACUGUAAAGUGACUGAAAAUGAAGACAGAGAGACUAUUCCUGGUCUGGACUUUGAGCGAUAUCUGCAACCCACAGCCCGAUGCAGCUUAUCUCCUGUGCGGAGUAUGGCAGUGGAAAGGUUCUCACUUGGCCUAGAAGAUGCUGAAAUGGAGAGCCCUCAGGCCCAGGAAGAAGAGCCUGUUCAUGAUGCACUGAUGACUCCUACAGCUUUCCCCAGAAUGGCACCACUGGUGGUCACUCCCUGGACUGAAGAGAUGAUUGCCAAUCAGCUGCUGUUCACCCCCGAGCAGAGGGAGAGAGUGAGGCAAUCGGUGUGUGAGAGGGACCUCAUGAUGUUUACAUCGCCUGAAGAGAACUAAUUCAAGCAGAGACAUGGACAAACAUCACGUGGGCUUUAUUUACUUUUAACAAUACGAUUUGAUGUUCAAUGUACCAAAUUUAUAUAUAUAUAUAUA